UUCAGGCGGCGGCGUAUGGAUGAGCUUGCUCCUGGACCCCACCCUCCACAAGCGGCGGGCUUGGAGUUCACUGAACCCGCGAAGAGCCCGGCGCUAACAAGUUUGUCCCCGCUGCCGCUUCGUAGGCGGCACCUACACGCGCCGCGUCUCGCCGGCCGCCCUGUCAUGGCCGCCCACUCGGGAGAGGGACUUCGCUACGCGGAGUACUCGCCGCCCGCGAAUAGAUUGGCUGACGCGGACAUUGACCGGCGCCUGGCACGAAGUCUGAUAGCUGUUGGACUGGGUGUUGCAACACUUGCAUUUGCAGGUCGCUAUGCAUUUCAGAUUUGGAAACCUCUAGAACAAGUAAUCACAGAAACUGCAAAGAAGAUUUCAACUCCUAGCCUUUUGUCAUACUACAAAGGAGGAUUUGAACAGAAAAUGAGUAGACGAGAAGCUAGUCUUAUUUUGGGUGUAAGCCCAUCUGCUGGUAAAGCCAAGAUUAGAACAGCUCACAGGAGAAUCAUGAUUUUGAACCACCCAGAUAAAGGUGGAUCUCCUUACUUAGCAACCAAAAUAAAUGAAGCAAAAGACUUGCUCGAAGCAACCACUAAGCACUGAUUGAUGUUCAAGUAUCACUCUGAAGGGAAAAAGGAAAAGGAUAACUUGAAAAAUCAAAGUCCUGCAAGUGAAUCUCAACUACAGCAUUCAUAAUUGCCGUACCUGAACUGUACAUCAAAAGCUAUAGAAUAAUAAAAGAUUAAUGAUC